CCACGUAUCAGUUAUGAAGUAGUUUUGUACACUGUAAACAUGCUACGUGAAAAGUCACACAGUAUCCCUCUAUACUGAAGGACGGAUUGUUGCAUUUCGUCGAGAUUCAUUAUCAAAGGAUCCCUAAGACUGAACCGCAGCAGAGGUGAAAAAGUGUGUCAUGCGAAGACACGAAUAAAUUUUAACACAUUAGGAUUUGCAUGAGUUGACCUGCAUAAUAGACUCUGGCUAACAGGAUUGAAUUACCUACAUCAUAAUACGAAGGUCGAAGACAGAGGCUACGACAAAGGCAAAGGAAUUUAAAAGACAAGGGAGCGGAACUGUCGGAGUUAGUUUACCUAUCACAAUGGAAAUUAAUUUUGGUGUGCGUCUCAUAGUGUUUUGAUAGCCGCGGCUUUUGUAACUAAUAGUUUGGUUUCGAGUGAAUCACAUAGAAAGCCCUGUUUCAGUUUGGUCAUCACGGAGCGCAUUUCACCACUCAGGCAAACGGCGGACAAAUUUUCAUUGAAGAGGAAAGUUUAUAGACUGUAAGGAGUGCGGUGUUUAAAUCCACUUAGCAGCUACUUGUUAAACGAGUUCAAAAAGGUACAUUUCCUUCUCAUCACAAAUUAGGACGAGCUGAAGUUGGAGCGUGGCACGUGUUUCACCCACAAAUGAUGGCCACAGCUGACCCAAACAUAACAAAUUUUACCGAAAGGGAUCCAUGUCCUUUUGAGCCUUAUACGUCAACAGAGAAGGUUUUUCAGUGUAUUGCGUACUUCAUCAUCAUGUUCGGCUCCUUCGUCGGUAACGUGCUGGUCAUAUGCGUCGUCAUUCUGAACAGACAAAUGCGAACUGUCACAAAUUAUUUGAUAGUAAAUAUGGCGGUGGCAGAUCUCUUGAUUACAAUAGUCAGUAUGCCGGUCACUGCAAAAGUUCUCGUGACAGGACGCAGCAUCAAUUGGUCAAAUGGUGUCUUGUAUGAUAUUUUGUGCAAGAUAAUCCCAUUCAGCCAAACUUUGUCGAUCGCAAGCUCUGUUUUGAGUUUGACAGUUAUAGCUGUUGACCGUUUCCUAGCAGUGAUGUACCCUUUGAAGAGAUGCAUGACUUUUCAGAAAACGUACGUUGCAAUGGCACUGGUCUGGCUUGUAGGUAUUGCUGUUAAUUCACCGACUCUUUACGCCCAAAAAAUUGUGUUUCUCGAAUACAGUCAGAGCUGGACCUGCACGGAGAAGUGGGAACCAGCAUUCACCGAAGGGGCAUACAAAGGCUUUACAAUAGUUCUUCUUGUGAUUUUUUACCUGGUUCCUCUACUGACCAUGUCAAUUCUAUAUAGCUUCGUCAUUUACAAACUCUGGGUGAGAAAAGUUCCAGGAAAUCAAACUGCCGAAAACCAGCAGCGAUCCAACAAAUCCAGAAAGAAAGUUUUAAAAAUGCUUCUUGCCGUAGUGAUUCUUUUUGCGCUGUGUUGGCUCCCGGUGUACAUCACCCAAUUUAUUAGUUUCUACGGUGAGGUGGAUUUUCCUUGCGGUCCACCAAGUACUUUGGCAUUCAUGGGCUACUUUUUGGGACAUGCUAACAGCGCUAUCAAUCCUGCUAUUUAUGUGAUAUUUAACUCUGACUUUCGUAAAGGAUUUCGAGAUGUUUUGCUGUGUCGUUAUUCCCGCAGGAACAGAGUUGCUCCACAAGUCAAUUUGGGAACCGUGACUGGAGGGGAAAAUAGUUACAUCGAUGGUGCGACUGUUUUAGCGCGUAUCCGUACGCGCGGAGGAUCAAAAGUAUCAACUUGAUAGUUGAUAUCGUCAAAGUUGAUAUAGAUAAUGAAAACUGUAAGCCGUGUUACUACAUUGCUGAGAUGAAAAAAAAACUAUUACCUGUCGUUUAUUCGUCCUCGCAUAUUGUACGCAUCCAGUUUAGACAGUUUAAACAACCUAGUCAUUUUAACAGAGAAAGAUUUUUAGCAAAAAAAAAAAUGUUUCUAGUUGCUAUGAAGAAACUGAAAGACAUUUUACCACUGAUAUAGUUAAUUUCUAAGUUUUUGAUCACACUUUAUUUCGUGCAUUCGUCUUCACGAAUUUAUUACUGGAGUUGAGUUUCCUAACGCCGAAAGAGCUAGAUAAAAAAGGUAAUAUAAGUCGGAUUCUAGUUUUACAAUAGAAAUUUGUGACAAGUUUCAAGAUGUUAAAUUACGUACUCGCCAAGGAAAAGAAACAAAAUUUACACCAAAUUUCAUUCGAAAGUGAUGAAAAUGUUCUUUAAAAAAUCAACUCACUAAUUCUAACGCUCCACCGAAGAUCAUUCUCUUGAGUGUUUGUUUACCCCCUUUAGCCGCAAAAAGUAAUUGAUCUGAGUUUCCGCUGUAGACAUGUAUUGUGAACCCGCUCUCUGUAAACUUGUCAUUUGUAUAACACGCUAUAAAGUUUAUUCAUUUAUUUAUUUCGAAAAAAAUUUAUGCAUUUUCCAUAUUGAUUUGUCAGUAAAAAAGGGAAUAUUUCAAUCUAGUUAGACAUUUGGUCAAUUGCCAAGAGGAAGAAAAUAACCGUCUCAUUUACUCGAUGGUGCGACAGUUAGGCACUAUUUACUGUCUUGGCGAGAAAACGGGAUUUAAUAUGUUGUUUCUAUAACUGAAAUCUGACAAUGUUGUUUACGUAGACUCUGAAUAAAACUGAAGACUCCGACAAGCUACCUGAGGGUAUUUCUUGAUACACGGGUAGCUGACAAAUAUGCAGGAAUUAUAGGUCUCAGCUAAAGAACUAAAUUUUAGAUCGAAUGAGAUGAUUCGCUUUGUAAACCAAGGCAACGAGAGUUUUCCAAUCAGUAACAGUACUUUUUUCGGAAGCCUCACUCUAUUUUACCGUUUAGUAUUACUCACUAAAUUUCCUCAGCAAGUGGCAGGCUAAAUUGAAUAUGAUUUGCUCUUGUUUUCAAAGUAUGAGGCCGUGAGAAGCAAAAUUAAUUAAGCCUCGAGCCACGUGUAAUCGGUACCGCAUCAAUUCUUGUUUGAAUUGACUCAAAAAGCUUUUAAAUAAAAUAAUUUGCAGCAUUAACACUGAAACAAAUUAAAUUGCCAAAAACCUUUCCAUCCAACAUAUGAAUUUUCCAGUAGUAGAUAAAUGAUCAAAACUGUUUUAUAAUGUUUCUAUUUAUUGGAAUAUCGAUAUCUCACCUAAAUUAUACUAUAUGUG